UAAACAAGGCCUUACACACACCAAAGCCCUCUCUUUCCUCUGUCCUGCGCGGCUGCGGGCCUUAUCCCCGCCACGCUCCUCCUCCGCCCCACACGCGCACGCCGCGACACCAGUCCACUCCACCACCCUCCUCUCGCUCCGGGAGCCAAUCCUCACCGCCCUCCGUUUAAAUCCGGCCGUAGUGCCACCCACGGCGGCUACCGGCUGCGUUCCCCGUCCGAAUCGCCGGACUCCGCCAUCGCCACUAGUCCGAUGAUGGCGCCGCAGCUGCAGGGCUGCAACUGGGUAUCCUCCUGGCCGCGGCUCGAGCAGAUGCCCCCUUGGCCGCCGCGGCAGAGGGUCCUGCGCCUCGCGAUGCCGCGACGCCCCAGCGCCGGCGCGGUCCGCGCGGUCGCGAGCGCGGGCCCGGCGCUGGGGCUGGACCGCGGCGCGGGCGCGGUGGGGACCGAGCUCCUGACGGUGGAGGAGGAGGCUGAGGACGUGGACGAGAGGGAGAGGCUCAGGCGGACGCGGAUCUCGCUGGCGAACAAGGGUAACACGCCAUGGAACAAGGGCAGGAAGCAUAGCCCAGAGACGCUGCAGCGAAUUCGUGAGAGGACCAGGAUCGCAAUGCAGGACCCCAAGGUUAGGAAAAAGUUGAUGAAUCUGGGGCAUGCACAGAGCGAGGAGACAAAAGUAAAGAUAUCAGAGGGGGUGAGGCGUGGUUGGAGUUUGCGUCUACAGAGAUUAAUGGUCCAGGAUGGUUGCUUUGUGGAGUGGAGAGACAUGGUAGCUGAUGCGGCUAGAAAGGGCUUUGCUGGUGGAGUUUCCCUCGAAUGGAAUUCAUAUAAAAUCUUGAGUGAGCAAAUGCGGCAUGAGUGGUUGGAGAAUCUCCAGAAAAGGCGAUCAAUGCCAAGGCCAAGAGGUAAUAGACGAGCACCAAAAACUCCUGAGCAAAGGAGAAAAAUUGCAGAAGCCAUUGCUGCAAAGUGGUUGGAUCAAGAAUAUCGUGAACGAGUUUGUAGUGGAAUUGCUAGCUAUCACGGAUCAUCUUCUGUGACUAAAACACCAAGAAAGCCAAGACCUGCUGGAGAACCAGGUGUAAAGAAACAGAGUACAAAAAAGAAACCUAUGCAAGCCAAACCUGUAAGCUUAGAGGAUGCUCAUGGAAAAAGUGCAGCUGUUAAGAGAAAGAAAAGUGCAACUCCCUACAAAGAUCCGAUGGCAGUUGAAAAAUUGGAGAUGAUAGCAAAGAUUCGAGCUCAAAGAACAGCACAGGAAAUAGAAAAGAAAGAAGCUAUUAGAAGAGCCAGGACACUGAUUGCAGAAGCAGAAAAGGCUGCUGAUGCUCUGGAAACUGCUGCAGCGAUGAACCCUUUUGCUCAAGCAUCACUUAUAGAAGCUAGAAAACUUGUUACAGAGGCAAGAAUAUCACUUGAAUGUGUUGAUGAUGAAGGGCCUCAGGAAACUGCUUCCAAUGAUGCGUCAGGGAGCUCAGCUUUAUUGAACUUGCACGAUCAUGGAUUGGAGACGCAGAAUGGAAGUAAUUUGUUGAAUCAAGAGAAUAAACCUGUAAAUGGGAUGGAAUUUCCUCCAAGCAAUGUUAAUGGCCUCGGUUUCCAUUUUGAUGUAUCUGAACUCAGCGGAACAAAGCAACUAUACCAGAGGAUAGAGAAUUCCAUGGAAAGGGCUUUUCUUCUCCCUUCGGCUUCGUCAAAGCUUAAAAGUGCAAAUGGAGAUUUCGGAAUAAUAGAUCUACAUGUGAGGCAGUCGAUGGUCAAUGACACGGCAAAGCAUGAUGGCACCGCAGCUGAAUCAGCAGAAACUCGUCCUCCAGGGACACUAGAGCUAGAAGCAGAUCCUCCCAGGUCUGAAGAAAAGGCUGGAACAAGGGAAGAUUGCCCUCGGGGGACACUCGAAGAAGACACACCCUCAUCUGAAGAAAAGGCUAAGAUGAGGUGGGUACGUGGGAGGUUGGUCAAAGUAAAAGACGAAUUUGGGGAUCCAGAAAUCUAGUAUUAGGUGGUAAAUCUGGCCAGAGUUACCGUUACUAGGCAAUCGAGUUUGCUCACUUCCGCUUAGCCACCAUUUUGUAUGCCAUUUGGUAGGGCACAAUUUGGUGUUUACAACCUGCUUGCUAGGGACCUGGGAGUGGCGUGGUUUUGGGGAACUCUAUUCGUUUGCAGUCUGCAGGAGCGAGCACAUCAUGAUCAACCUGCUGUCUUCUUUGUAAUUAGUAGUUAUUAGGAUCCAGGGAUCUUUUCUCUUGAGUUGUAGUCAAUUGUAGGAAGGAUUUCUGUAAAAGCAUGGUUCUAGAAUGCUUGCGUCUUGAAUCAUAACUAGCUGGGACCCCGUCCACUGGAGCGGGCUAGAAAUGCAAGUCUGAAUUUGAGCAUGUAAAAGAGAAGCAUUUUCUAAUGACGCUUGAUGCAACACCUUCACAAAGUCAACACUAGCCUGGUGCAUAAAUGACUGACAUUAUGCAGUUCCUCGAGCAUAAAUGUUCCGAAGAACAUGAAUACUUCUCGAACGAGAUAGCCAUGUUGCACGUUUUUGGCAGAUACGCGGUGGACAUAGGAGUGAGGUUAAUAUUUUGCUUUAAAAAUAUGAAGGGAUUUUGUUGACGCCACCAUCCAUGCUGAGGCUAAUGUUGACUUUGUGAAGGUAUUGCAACAGAAAGCCAGCUUCAGACAAAAUGUCAAAGAAAACA